ACGCCUGCCCACCCGGAGCGUGCAGCUGACGCUGCGGGGACGUGUCCCCGCCUCGCUGGACCUCGGAUGCUGGGGACGUUUUACCUGCCGCCGCUAUGUGCCGGAGCCUGUGCGCUGUUACAAGUGCCAGGCCUUCGGCCACAGGCAGCGGCAGUGUACCAGGACGGAAGAGCUGUGCGGCGUGUGCAGCAGGGACCACGCCACGAGGGACUGCGUUCGCCGUCUUCGCGAAGGUGUGGCGCGCCCGGUGGCUGUGUGCCCGAACUGCAGUUCCGGGCACCAUGCCUGGAACCGCAGGUGCCCCGCUCGGCUCUGCAGAAUCCCGGGUGCCAAGCUGCGGAGGACGACGUCUUCGGCGGACCCGGCAGCAGCGCGGCCUAUGCAGCCGCCCACGGAGGAGAGGACGACACCCCACGGAGAAGAACGGAAGAGGAGGCGCCGCAGACGGAGGAGGAAGCCGGGACCCACGGAGCAGAGCGUCCCGACACCAAAGUCUCCCGCUAGGGAGAUGGAGGUGGACCCACCACGUCUGACGAGGACGGAGACGGCAGCGGUGACCGCUGAGGUGACACCCCCAGCUGUGUCCCCGGAGGUACCCGCCAGCAAGAAAAAGAGGACCAGGGACCAGACACCUGAGACGAGGGACGCGCCGACGACUACGGAGGAGCCAGCACCCCGCGAGGCCCCCAGUAGCUGCCAGGCGACCCAGACCCCACGGAUCUACACCUUCAGUGAGGGCGAGCUGGUGGAUCUUCUGAUCCGCUACGAGCACCUCACUGAGCAAGAGGAGGAGGCCAGGUUCGAGAGGAUCCCGCACGAGACAGCCCUCCCCCUAGUGAGGAGGACACUCCGUGAAGGGAAGCCGCUCCCUGCCUCCAUCUGCACGGCCCGCCCACUGGGUAACCCCCCACGCCACUUCGAUCAUAAGCAGGAGGUUGAGUGGGCGACGUAUGAGGAAGAAGACGUCUCGGAGGAUGAGGUCGACGUCGGAGGCGUGGACGAAGACCUCUUCCUGAAUGCAGACAGAGACCUCACCGACGAAGAGCUCGCAAGCUACUACGCCGGUGACCAGUGAAUAAUAUGACAUUUUCCCCUGUGUAUUUGUGAACAUUUGUAUCCUGUGUAACCUAUGUACUGUACAUCGGGCAGGCUGUUUAUUGAGAGCCUGCUUUGAUAACCGAUUAUUUUUGUAAUUUUCAUGUUUAUUUUUAUUAUUAUGUCUUAUGUAAAAGUUAUCAAUAAACUAUUAAAGCAUUAAAGCAAGCAACACUCACGGCACAGUUCCGGCGCAGACAGCAGUGAGUGCAGACCCUCUCUCCUCACUGCUGCUCUCCCUGACUUGCC